AUGGCUGCCCAAUCCGCACUCCCAGUCUAUCACUACCUUGACAUCGGCCGACUUGGCCGCGGUGAAGUCGUCAAUCUGUUUUUGAAAGAUGCCGGCAUCGAGUUCAAAGAAGUCCGUUAUCCCUACGACGACACCUGGCCUGCUGCAAGUGAGAAGCUCCGGCAGAAGGGCAUCACAAGGACGGGCAAGGUGCCUGCAUUGGAGUACAAUGGCCUCAUUCUGACCCAGCACAUCCCGAUUCUCCGGUAUCUAGCUCGAGAGCUCGGCCAAUAUGAUGGUGAGAUGAGCGGGGACAAGUAUUUUGUCGAUGCUGCCGCUGAUGUUUAUAUCGACUGGAGGUACAACUGGGUGACCCAACUCAAGGGUGUCACAAAGGAGUUCACCAACGAGUUUUUGCCAUGGUACUACGACGUCAUCACACAGUACUACGCGGAGCGUGAAGGACCAUAUCUGCUCGGCGACAAGAUUACAUACGUCGACUUUGCGGUCUAUCAGUCUAUUGACAACGAUCAAAGAAUCGGCGCCAACCCACCGAAACUUUCGGGUCCUCUUUUGAAGCUCAAGGAGGCAAUUGAGGCUAGGCCCAAGAUCGCUGCAUACCUGAAGGAGAAUCGCGUUGGCGGGGCCUAG